AUCUAAGUGUAUGGAUCAAUGAUAUUUAAAAAAAAUUUUGAAAAUUUACCUGACUUUUUAAUUUUUAAUACAAGAUUACACUUUUACCUAAAAUGUGGCCAAGCUUAUUUUUUUGUUCAGUUUUAUGUGUCACAGCCUGCAGCAUAGCCACGAGGGCAGCAAAUAUAUUAGCAUUUAUGCCGUUGCCGCUCAAAAGCCAUUUUCGCGGAUUUCAACCAUUGUUUGAAGAGUUAUCAAAUCGAGGACACAAUGUAACGGUUGUUAGUUCAUUUCCUUUAGAUCGUAAAAUUAUUAAUUACACGGAUAUAGGGCCAUUUGUUAAUAAAGAAAGAGUGAGAAACGUAAUGGAAUUAGUACACAUGAAUUUUAUAACGUCAGCUCAGUUAAAAUGGAGUCUUGGCAUACAACUAUCCGAAACAGUAAUGUCGCACGAGAACAUGAAAAAGUUCGUUCAAUCGAAUUCAAAUUCGUUCGAUUUAGUCAUGAUUGAAACGUUUUGUCAAGAGUACACAGUCGCCAUGGGUCACAAAUUCAACGCCCCUGUCAUUAAUUUGGCACCGGCGAUGCUCUGGGUUAGUAUCAGCAAAUGGUUGCACGUGCCUUCCACAUUUUCAUACAUACCAGACGUAUGUUUGCACACAACGGAUGACAUGAGUUUCGUAGAACGAUUAAAAAACACUAUAACUGGACUCAUGCAGUCUUAUGUUGAAGAUUACUUGUAUUUACCUAAAAUGAAGAAAGUGAUGAACACAUAUUUAACAUACGAAGGCUGGGAGUCUAGGCCUCCGCUCGAGAAUAUGUUGAACAAUGUGUCCCUCACAUUGGUCAACUUAAAUUAUGCAAUUGGUGUACCUAGACCGUAUUCUCCAGGUAUCGUUGAAGUAGGCGGAAUGCACUUAAAAAACCAAAAAUCUCUACCCGAAAAUCUUCAAAAUUUUUUAGAUGCUGCAGAUGAAGGAGUAAUAUUUUUUAGUUUUGGUACGGUGGUAAAUUUGAAUGACUUACCUAAAGAAAAAUUAAGAAUUUUUCUUAGCGUUGUUCAAAAAUUAAAACAAAAAGUAAUACUAAAAUGGAUACCUAAUGACAGUGUAAACCUGUCUAAAAACAUUAUGACUGGUUCAUGGUUUCCACAAAACGACAUUUUAGCACAUCCAAACGUUCGACUUUUCAUAACUCAUGGAGGAUUGCAUAGCAUAGAAGAAACGGUUAGUAACGCAAUACCUGUAGUUGGAGUACCAUUUUUUGCUGACCAGUAUUUAAACAUGAAAAUAGUCGAGCAAAAAGGGUAUGGUAAAUUAGUAAAUUUUUUUGAAAUAACCGAAGAAUCGUUUGAAAAUGCCAUCAAAGAAGUACUGUCAAAUUCAAAGUUUAAAGAGACAGCAAAGAUUCAGAGUCAGGUAUUCAAAGAUCAACCAAUGAAACCCAUAGAUCGGGCUGUUUACUGGGUUGAAUAUAUUAUUAAGCAUGGUGGAGCUGAACAUCUUAAAAGCGACUCAUUGGAGUUAAAUGAUGUACAGUAUUUUUUGUUAGAUAUUUCAUUUAUUUUUCUUGUACUAAUUGGACUGAUAAUUUGGUUUUGUUAUAUGGUAGUUGCAAAAAUAAUAUAUUACAAAUUAAAUUAUGGUAAACCGACCAAACGCAAAGAACUCGUUACGGGUUACACCUCAAUUCAUCAUAUACGGAUAUCACCGAUCGUCACUCUCAUUUCAUCACUCGGUGAGUGCGUGAUAAACUCUAAAUACUCUAUCCCGCAGUCUCAUGCCUCAGUCGACGUCGGUCGGAGAUGUCGCGCAGAAAAAAACAAAUUCGAUAAAACGAUAAAUCUAAUAAUAAUUAUAAUAAUAAAAUCGAUUAAAAUGUGUUUUCUCAAAUUCCCGGACGUCACCCGACUGCUACUGCUACUUCCGCUGUUACUGUUGCCGACGGUCUUCGUAUCGCCACCGACUGCGCUCGCCGCCAACGUGUUGGCGUUCAUGCCCAUGCCGUUAAAAAGCCAUUUCGGAGGGUUCCAGCCGAUGUUCGAAGAGUUAGCCCGCCGGGGUCAUAACGUCACCGUGGUCAGCGUAUUUCCGUUGACGGACCGACGCGUCCCGAACUACACCGACGUGGACGUGACACCAACGCAAGGCGUUACUGAUUUUGACGUGAUGCAUUGGAUCAAUAUAAAUUUCGUGGUUUCGGUGAUAAACAGAUGGAUUUUUUCCAAUAUCUUGUUAAACCAAAUGGAGCACCCGAAUUUAAAAAACUUUGUCUUAUCGGAGGAUAACUCAUUCGAUCUGGUCAUAAUCGAAUCGUUCCUCCAGGAAUACACUGUGGCCCUUGGCCAUAAAUUCAAUGCUCCCGUCGUCAACUUAUCGCCAUCAAUGGUUUGGGUCAGUGCUAGUAAAUGGCUGCAUUUACCUUCGACAUUUUCGUAUGUGCCGGAUUGCUGUAUAGGCGUAAUGGACAACAUGAGUUUUUUGGAGCGUUUAAAGAACACCAUCGUCGGAUUUAUGGGAAUGGUCGUGGAAGACUACUUGUAUAUUCCAAUGGUUAAGACGGCAAUGAGUAAGCACUUCGUAUACGCCGGUUGGCAAUCGAGGCCUACACUCGAGCAAAUGUUGAACAACGUGUCACUAACACUGAUUAACGCUAACCAUGUGAUCGGAGUGUGUCGACCGUAUCUCCCGGGUGUCGUCGAAGUAGGAGGAAUGCAUAUCAAAGAACCAAAACCUUUAACCAAAGAUUUACAAGAUUAUAUUGAUUCUGCUUCUCAUGGUGUAAUAUUUUUUUCUUUUGGUUCAAUCGUGAACCUAUCAAAUUUACCAAAAGAAAAAUUGGAUAGUAUCCUUAAUGUCAUCAGUCGUUUAAAACAAAAAGUAAUUAUAAAAUGGGUGCCAGAUAAAAGUAUAAAAUUACCUCAUAAUGUUAAGGUCGGUUCGUGGUUGCCUCAGAAUGAUAUUUUGGCUCAUUCAAAUGUAAAACUUUUUAUUACUCACGGAGGUUUGCACAGUAUCGAGGAAGCUGUUUACAACGGAAAACCAGUGAUUGGCAUACCAUUUUUUGCUGACCAACUAUCCAAUAUGAGACAUGUCGAGAAAAACGGUUAUGGAAAGUUGAUAACUUAUAAUAAACUAACCGAAGAAUCAUUUGAAAAUGCAGUCGAAGAAGUGUUAACAAAUCCGACGUUUAAGGAUAAAUCAACGAUCCAGAGUAAAGUAUACAAAGAUCAACCGAUGACACCUUUAGAUCGCGCUAUAUACUGGAUAGAGUACGUAAUUCGGAACGAUGGAGCUAAAUAUCUAAAGAGUAGUUCAAUAGGACUGAACACUGCGCAGUACUUUUUGUUUGAUGUCUCAUUAUUUUUAUUAUCACUUACAAUAGUUAUUGGUUGGUUGGGUUAUCGUGGAAUCGUUAAAAUUUCAUCAAAAUGUAUAGAAAAUUAAAUUAAAAAAAUUAUUAUUCAUUAGGGGUAAGUUUACAAUUAUUAUUUGUUACAAUAUAGAUUCUCUUUACCACACUCAAAGAGGCUAACAAUUUAUGUAGCUCUUUUAUUUUUUAGUUGUUUGAAUGUUACACGAAUACUAUUGUUAGACGUUUUAUCUCUAUUUUAUUAUAAAAUACUACGUAUUAAUUCAAAUUGAUAUUAUUAUAUAGCUGUGAUUAGA